AUGGAUGAAACGAUUGGAACUUUGGCCAACGUCAACGUUUUUCAACAUGCGGACGUGCUGGUCACUUCCCUCACCAAAUUCUUUUCUGGCGCAUGCAAUGUCACUGGAGAUUCUGCAGUCUUCAAUCCAACAGGCCGUUACUAUUCAAGUCUAAAAGCGAUCGCGGAGCGAGAGUACAAAGACACAUACUGGCCGGAGGACGUCAUCUUGAUGGAAAGGAACAGUCGCGACUUUACUAUACGCAUUCGUCAGAUGAACAUCAACGCGGAGGCUGCUGCCAAAGUGCUGCUGGCCAGUCCGUUGAUCAAGAGGGUGUAUUAUCCAAAGUACAACAGCGACAAAUCGAAUUAUGAGGCCCGUAGAACGCCUGUUGGUAGGUACGGGGGCCUAAUGUCCGUGGUGUUUUAUCGCAAGCAAGAUGCCAUCACCUUUUACGACGACAUGGAUGGAGCGAAGGGGCCUAGACUGGGUACGAACUUCACAUUGACAUCACCGUAUGUCUUUCUUGCUCACAUGAAGGAGCUAGAAUGGGCAUCCAGUUUAGGUGUAGACCCAUACCUCAUGUGGUUCAGCGUGGGGAUGGAAGACACAGACCGUUUGCUGGAGAUUUUCAGAAAAGCACUUCACUCGGCAGCGGGCCCGAGGAAGGGCUGCAAUAUUGUCAAUGCCACGUCACAUUCAGAAUAG